AUGCUCCACGGAAACUCUGUCAGGAUCCUCACGGGGAAUAGCCAUCCUGAGCUAGCCCAAGCGGUGGUCGAGCGGCUCAACGUGCCCAUGACGCCGUGCACGGUGAAGAAAUUUUCGAACGGCGAGAUUAACGUGAAGAUCUCCGAGUCAGUGCGCGACGAGGACGUCUUCAUCAUUCAGUCUGGGUGCGGCAACGUGAACGACAACCUCAUGGAGCUUCUCAUCCUCAUCUCGGCGUGCAAGGGCGCGUCCGCGCGCCGCAUCACCGCUGUCAUUCCGUGCUUCCCGUACGCGCGGGUGGACAAGAAGGAUAAGUCUCGCGCACCCAUCACCGCGAAGCUCGUCGCCAACAUGCUAGGCGUGGCUGGCUGCGACCAUGUCAUCACGAUGGAUCUGCAUGCUAGCCAGAUCCAGGGGUUCUUCGACUUCCCUGUAGAUAAUUUGUACUCGGAACCCCUCAUGGUCGCGUAUAUCAAGACGCACAUCGAGGAUUGGAAAAACAGUGUCGUCGUCAGCCCAGAUGCCGGAGGAGCGAAAAGAGUUACAGCUCUCGCAGACAAGCUAGGAGUGGAGUUUGCCCUCAUUCACAGGGGGCGAACCAAAAACUCCGAUGAGCUCCCGGAAGUAGUUGAGGUCCUUGUAGGAGACGUGCGAGGCAAGGUGGCUAUUCUUGUGGAUGAUCUUAUAGAUACUGGGGUUACGCUUGCACUGGCUACUCGCGCACUCAGAGACAAUGGCGCAAGCAAGGUGUAUGCUCUUAUCUCACACGGGCUCCUGUCCGAAACCAAAAUGAGCAUGAUCCAAGAUCUGCCGAUGGAGAAGCUCGUGGUCACAAACACUAUACCCCAGCACCAGCACGCUCUCGCAUGCGACAAGCUGGUGACACUGGACGUGAGUCCGAUCAUCGCCGAAAGCGUCCGCAGGACGCACAACGGGGAGAGUAUCAGCUUCCUCUUCGGAGACUGGACCGGAGACGGUGUGGCCUUCUAG